GAAGUAGUGCUUCUAGCACAAAGGAGGAGGGAAUAAGGGAAAAAAGAAAAGUAACAUCGUAACAACAAUGGCUUCUCUCCUUCAGUAUCUUUGUUCGAUCAUGUUAUGCGCUGCAUUGCUACAGAUAUCAUUCAGUACAACGACAUUAGCCGCCGGCUAUUAUGCGCCUGUUUUCCGGCCAACGGCAUGGCAACUCGCUCAUGCCACAUUCUACGGAGAUGAGUCGGCAUCUGCCACCAAUGGAGGAGCUUGUGGGUAUGGAAAUGUAUUCACAAGUGGGUAUGGCACAGAUACGGCAGCCUUGAGCUCAGUACUAUUUCAGAAUGGAUAUGCCUGCGGCCAAUGCUUCCAAAUCCGCUGCACUCAGUCGCCAUAUUGCUUCAAGACCAUCACCACUAUAACCGCCACAAACCUUUGCCCUCCAAACUGGGGCCAAGACUCCAACAAUGGAGGGUGGUGCAACCCGCCCCGGACACAUUUCGACAUGGCCAAACCUGCAUUCAUGAAAAUUGCUCAAUGGAAAGCCGGUAUUGUCCCCGUCAUGUAUCGCAGGGUACCAUGUCCAAGUAGAGGCGGGAUCCGAUUCACCUUCCAAGGAAACGGAUACUGGUUGCUGGUUUACGUGAUGAAUGUCGGUGGAGGCGGCGACAUUUCGAGCGUGUGGGUGAAGGGAACAAGGACAGGUUGGAUCAGCAUGAGCCAUAACUGGGGAGCUUCAUACCAGGCAUUUUCAACACUAUCAGGGCAGGCACUUUCCUUCAAGCUUACUUCCUACACUUCAAAGCAGACUAUUAUUGUGUACAAUGUUGCUCCUUCCAAUUGGCAACCAGGAAUGACUUAUCAGGGCACCGUCAAUUUCCAUUGAUAAAAGUAGGAAUGACACAACCCUUUUUUGCAUUGCUGUUAUGCCUCAUCAAAGGGAUCAAUCUAUUGAGAAACUUUUGGCUUUUGUCUUUGUUUGUCCUUCUUCUUCUUCUUCUCCUUCUUUUUUGUUUUUUUUGGUUGUGUUUUCUGAUUUCCCUGAAAUUGUAAAAUGUUUCUUGUGGCCAAA